AUGAGUAGCAGUGGCGUACCAGUCCCUAUCAUGUGGUGGAGGCAUCAAGUGGCUGGAACAGUCUUGACCAGCACAGUCUCGCUGCUAAAUCGGCACUCGUUGCCGUCUAUAAAGCAAUGCCUUGAGGACGAUGUUCGACCUACCGUACGACCAAAACUGGCCAGUCGCAAAAUUAUUAAUGACAUCUUGGUCAGUCAGCAACAGAGCCCAGCGGCAGCAACAGAAACAAUCAACAGUCUGUGGGAGCGAUUUGCAUUAUCAUCCGUGUUUGAGAGCUGUCAGGCAUGUGGUCGUCAGGCGCUAAAGGAAUAA